GCUCUUUCCCUUUUUCCUCGUCCAUCCUUCCAAGCGAGUCCAAAAAACUUCAACUUAUACAUAGUACCCCCAAGAAGAACUACUACGUCUACACCACAAGCAGUUCCUCCUUCCAACUACUUCAACUCCAAUAAACAAGUCUUCAACUACGAAAAACAAGAUGUCGUCCUGUUGUAUGGGUGGUGCGCCCUCUAAGGGGUACCCGAGUAGCCUACCGAUGCCGGCACAUAUGUUAAGGGUUUCCACAUUGGAUCCUUCACCGCCAUCCUUAGCUCCUUUUCAAGGGGGAAAUAGGCUCCGGAUGUUCUGAAGAAUGUAAUGCGGAAGUACUUAUCUAAAUACGGCGCCAGGACAAGUAACCACCUUGGGCCGUCAGCUACCCUACGGCGUCUUCGACAUGAGCACGAAAGAUACUACACCUGGUUAUGACACUGAGUAAUGCUACUCUUUACUAUUUAACGCGUAACAAUAGGCGGUUGAGCACUAAAGAUACUAGACCUGGUUAUGACUCUGAGCUGCACUAGAACAAUUUGUUACUGUAGACUGUAAGUCUUUCUUGAGCUAUUUCAUUAAGCCUUUGAGAUUGAGGUUGAAGCGUAUUAAUGUGUGCAAGAAAUGUUUGAUUUCUGAGGUAUGUAAACAAGCGAG